AUAGCGCAUAUCUGGAAGAUGAAUCUGGAAGGAAGGAGGUUACUGGCGGACAAGCUACACUGGCUCUGCUUUAUCAGGCAGUAGCUGCUCUUGGCUGAUCUCUGGACCCUUAGAUUGAGCAACACAACAGGAGACAGGCAGCUUCUAAAUCAGAGAGACACAAAGGCAGGAGGGAAGCAAGACGUGAAUGAAAGAAGAAAGUGAAAUAAGGAAGAAGAGGAAAGAGGAACAACAGGCUGAGUUGUGAAGGGAGCAGUUGUAAAACAGAGUUAAAGAUUAGCAGAGGGUCUUGGUGGUGGAAUGGCUGGGAGAAGUUUUUAUUCAAGAGGAGCAUGAGAGGAAGAACUGGGGGGGUUAAAGGCAGGGGUCUGGUAAAGACUAAUUGUGGUGACAGCCUGUGCCAGGGGACAAGGACUCAUGUGAGACUCAGAGGAAUGAAAAGACACGGACAAAGAGAAGAAACAGAGAGGGACUGAUAGACCCAAAGCUGGACUUCAGUAUGGGUGUGAAGAGCAAGGCUGCUGCUGCUAUCUUAGUCCUGCUGCUGUUCCUUGGCUCCCUGUGGCUCCAUGGAGGUUUGGAUUACCACUGGGAUUCCUGUUUCAAAGGUUAUAAUCAAGUAAAUAAGCUCCACCAGCUGUACAACAGCAGUGGGGGCGAUGGAGCUGAGGGCCUGCAGGUCCUUGAGGGAUGCCCCGGUCAGAACUUCCAGGUGUCUCUGCUGCUCUCCCACCUGCUGGCGGUACCAGCCUACAGCUCUGACGUGCUCAUGCUGCCGUAUCUGUCCAGCUGGGAUGAACUUGUGAGGUUCAUGGAAGCUCUGGGCCCAAUGGUUGGACUGAUAUCUAAGGAAAUAGAAACUAAGACUUCCAUAAUCCGUCAACUUGCUGCGCUGGCUGGAGAGAGCCCUGAAGCAGAGCUGGCUCCAGAUAUAAACUCUAUAAACAUUGUGAGCACAGAGGCAGGGACUAAGAACGAUCCAGAGGCCUCACAGCACACCGGUGCCUACCACUCUGUACGCUCAAUGAUCGUAGCAGAAAUGACCCAAGGCGUGGUGGACUUUCAACAACAGACAGACUCUGGGUGUCGGACUCUCCUGCGUCUGCACCGUGCUCUGCUGUGGCUGAAGCUCUUCCUUGAGAAACUGGCUGAGACACCGGUGUCCGGGCGACUCAGGAGUCCCUCGGAGCUGUGUCGUGAGGCCUACCAGAACACUCUCUCACAACACCACACCUGGUUUGUCCGUAGAGCCGCCGAGCUGGCCUUUAUCGCUCUGCCUGAGCGGGGUUUCUUUUUCAGGCUGGUGUGUGUGCAGGACCAGGAAGAGCUGAGUUUGGUGCUAAACAGAGUGGUCCAGGCCAUUGGAGAGGUUUAUGACAGGACUCAGAACGCCCUAGAGGAAAAUGGCAUGCUGGACUUGCCAUAAGAGAGUUGACUUUUAGACUAGAUGGGACCUACUCUUUCUGCUGCUUUACUCUGAUUUACACUGUUCUUGUGGCACUAAGGGCUAUGCCUCACUACCAAGCGGCAACCUCCGGUCUUAAAAUGCGAGUCUAAUCGGGAAGUGCUAAAAACUGCAGUUCAUUGAGGAUCCACUUGAGGCUGGAUCCGGAAGUACCGGAAACCACAUACACACCAAUUCACAAAAGCCGAUCUUUACAGCAGAAAUAAACAUGUUUACAGCCUGGUACAAAAGACAAGUGUAGUCUGGAUAGCUCAUUUCUCGAUCGGCACACACUGUAGGGGGGGGGAUUUUUUUCUAACACUGCAAUUUCGAAGAUAUUGGGAUUAUGAGUCAUCCAAUGAGAGGCACAGCUGACUUGAUUAACAGGAGGGAACACUGUAGCUGUUGAACAGGAGGCUCAAAGCCCGCCUCUUUACAUCACAAUCGCUGGACAGCAGCAAUAUGGCUGCCGCCGAUGAUUGGCCUCAAAACAGUGCUUCAGAAACAGAUGGGUGACGUCACGGAUACUACAUCCAUAUUUUAUACAGUCUAUGCUCACUACCUAGAGGGUUUAAACUUCUCUAGGAAACAUGGGGGGGCUGUUCUUAUUAGCUGAAAUGUGCCAUAUUUUUCCUUCUAACCAAAGUGCUGUUCACAAUCAACCUAUAGUAAAAGUUUGCUUUCAGUAUUAAGUCAUUCCUCAUGAUGCCCCAACUUCAGCUAUAUGUGUUCGAGGCAUUCAGAAGGCAGCUGAUGGUCUGAACCGACUGUGAAUUAUUUAAGCUGGUGCACAUAAACACAUGGACACCUUAUACAUAAAGAAACAUAAGUCAUGCUUGUAACAUUCUUGUGAGUGUUUCACAGGGGGAGCUGUUUGGGUAAUGGAUUGUAUCAGAUGGUAUAGUUAAUGUUUUUGGGCCUCUUACAUUCAGAUUUCGCUGUGAAUGAAUGCUGUUGAUUGUAUUUGACUUGAUUUAGUAUGCUACCUCAUAACUGGCAAGGUCUAGAUGCCUUUUAGCCUUACAAUAUGGGACCAAUCAAUCCUCAUGAAAGAAGUAUAACACUAACAAAUCAAUAUGUGGUGACAAACUGACAGUAUGGUGCUUCACACUGACUGUGGUGUGAGUUGGAGUCUUACAUUCUCCGUUUUCAACUGUGAGUUUUUGUACCAUGUUCAGAAAAAAUAAAUAUGUGAGAAAAAAAGACA